UCUUUCCUUGAAACGGAGCUUCGUGUCGUGAUUGUUUUCGUUGGUUACCGUUUUAUAUCAGUUACUAAGUGAAAUUUAAUUGAAAAAAGUUGUUUAUACGUUGAUUUUUGACCCAUUCUUCCGUCUAAACUCAGCCAAGAUGGAGCAAGUGCUGUACAACGUGGCGCAGACGGUGGAGAAACAGCUGGACAGCGAGCUGGAAAGGCUGGAUGCGCUGGACAACAGUGACCUCGAGGCCAUCCGGCAGCAGCGCCUCGCCGAGAUGAAGCAGAGAGCCCACAAGAAACAGGAGUGGCUCGCCAAUGGCCACGGCGAAUACACGGAGCUGGACGGCGAGAAGGAGUUCUUCGGCGUGUGCAGCAAGUCCGAGAACGUGGUGUGCCACUUCUACAAGUCGGACUCGCCGCGCUGUCGCAUCGUGGACAUGCACCUCAACAUACUGGCCAAGAAACAUGUUGAGACGCGAUUUGUCAAGCUGGACGCUGAGCGGGCUCCCUUCCUUGCGGGGCGGCUGAAGAUCCGCGUGAUCCCCACCAUCGCGCUGGUGAAGAGCAACAAGACCAAGGACUUCAUCGUGGGGUUCACGGACCUCGGCAACCGGGACGACUUCUCCACGGAGACCCUGGAGUGGAGGAUCGCGAGGUCAGACCUGAUCGAGUACUCGGGCGACCUGACCGUGCCGCCCGAGGAGGCGCGCGCGCAGCGGCGGCUGCACCUGCAGGGCAAGCGCACCGUGCGGGGCCGGCCCGACGACUCCGACGACGGCCUCAGCGACUGAUACACACCGCCACAAUUAUAGUUUUAAAUUUUAUGUCAUCUAGUAUGUGUCCGACCAUGGGGCUUUACAAUACAAUACAAUACAAUACUCUUUAUUGCACACCUCACAUACACGUAGUUUACAAUAAAUGCUCCUUUAAUGGAUGCGGCUUUAAUCCCAGGGCUUGAUUUUACUCGCUAAACUGAGCUACUAUUACUAUGGGACCAACCCUAAAAUCGGGGAAUUUUUUUUGGCUUUUCCAUAGAAAACGUCGACAUCUGAUCAGCCAAAAUGUAUGAAAAAGAAAAAAAAAUGUCGGGAUUUCGGGGUUGGUGCCAUAAUAAAAGUAGCUCAGUUUAGCGAGUAGAAUCGAGCCCGGGAUUUAAAGCCCCAUGGUCAGUAACACCCUAACCCGUCAAACUUCCACCAUACAACAAAUUGAUGCAAAGCAAUUUGACCCAUAUUGAUCUGUGGUAACACUGAUGACACGUCUGCCGGCCUACCGCGAAAAUCGAAAUUCGCAAAAUACGGGGAUAUUUCUCUUUAACUCCAAUGAAGACGUAAUUAGAGUGACAGAGAAAGAUGCGCGCAAUUUGCGGUUAUAGCCGCCGUGAUACGGAGUCGCUGCCGCCCAAAUUGAAUUAGUGUCACUCGUGUGAUACUAGAGCGCUCCACGGGUAAAAAUGGCUAUGAUGAUUUGACAUGCAAUAUGAUAUACUCUGGCAAACCCACUUUCUUAAUAGAAAAGGGCGCAAGAUUCAAAUUCUAUAUGGGAGGACAACCAUUCGCUUUUUUUUUAAAUUGCCGCCUUUUUCUACAGACGGAAAUGGCUUGCCAAACUAUACUUACUAUACCAUAUAAAUUCAUAAAUCAACAGGCAAUGGUAUAAAUGCACUAAGAAUUAGUUCUAAAAAUUCCAAAAUUAUGUUUUGUAACAUUCAAAUUCUAAACUUAUAAUUCACAUACUGCGCUUGCUUGGAUUAUAAUUGUAUUUAUUAGGGUGCCAUCCGUUGUCAACUAGGAACUGUUAUACCCGGUCUGGCCUGUAAUACUCGGAGUAAUUAACAAUGGAGCCGCCAUAACAGGCGUUCCCCUCUGUCGAAAAUAGGCGGCCAAUGGUCAACCACAUGUCAACCAUAUGUAUGGACUGACGUUUAUCUGACGUGACGUACAGUCGACGUCAAAGAGAAAUUUACAGCCAAAGUAACAAAAAAAUGUUUACACGACCUAAAUGCUAUGACAAUAAAGUCGUGUAAAUAAUUUUUUGUAACGUUAGUCGUAAAGAUCUCUUUGACGUCGACUGUACCUAUACAUUUGAUGUGCCCCGCCCCCGCAAAAAACGGCAGACUAUUUUGUACCGAAAAUUUUAGACAUGGCGGCGUUGGUUAUAUCCUCUAAGCUGUAAUAUGAGCAAAAAUUAAACUGUAGGCUGCACUCCUCAUACUGACCAAGAGUUUUUUACUGGAAUCAGUUAUGUAUCGCUGCCAUACAUGACCCAAAAUUUUUUUAUUAAGCUAUGAGCUUCAUCACAUCUGAUAUUUGAGUAAUUCUAAGCAUUUCUAGCCUGGG